AUGGAUAUGCUUUGUAAAGGAAACACUUCUUUGAGCUCAAGUACAAACUCCUUAAUGCACCGAAAUGAAGGCACAAGGCUCUACAAUAAUGACAUUAACUCUGGAGAAGCUAACACUUCAGAUGCAUUUAAUUGGACAGUGGACUCGAAAAAUCGAACCAACCUUUCCUGUGAGGAUUGUCUCUCACCACCAUGCUUCUCUUUACUUCAUCUCCAGGAAAAGAACUGGUCUGCUUUGUUGACAGCUAUAGUGAUUAUUCUAACUAUUGCUGGAAACAUACUCGUCAUCAUGGCAGUGUCCCUAGAGAAAAAGCUGCAGAAUGCCACCAACUACUUCCUGAUGUCACUUGCCAUCGCUGAUAUGCUGCUGGGUUUCCUUGUCAUGCCCGUGUCCAUGCUAACCAUCCUCUAUGGUUACCAGUGGCCUCUGCCCAGCAAGCUCUGUGCAAUCUGGAUUUACCUGGAUGUGCUCUUCUCCACGGCCUCCAUCAUGCACCUCUGUGCCAUCUCGCUGGACCGCUACGUCGCCAUCCAGAACCCCAUCCAUCAUAGCCGCUUCAAUUCCAGAACUAAGGCAUUCCUGAAAAUAAUUGCUGUUUGGACUAUAUCAGUAGGUAUAUCAAUGCCAAUCCCAGUCUUUGGGCUACAGGAUGAUUCCAAGGUCUUUAAGGAAGGGAGUUGCUUACUCGCGGACGAUAACUUUGUCCUGAUCGGCUCCUUCGUGUCAUUUUUCAUCCCCUUAACCAUCAUGGUGAUCACCUACUUUCUCACUAUCAAGUCACUCCAGAAAGAAGCUACUUUGUGUGGGGGUGACCUUGGCACACGGACCAACUUAGCUUCUUUCAGCUUUCUUCCUCAGAGUUCCCUGUCUUCAGAAAAGCUCUUCCAGCGGUCAAUCCACAGGGAGCCAGGUGCCUACGGCAGGAGGACCAUGCAGUCCAUCAGCAAUGAGCAAAAAGCUUGCAAGGUGCUGGGCAUCGUCUUCUUUCUGUUUGUGGUCAUGUGGUGCCCCUUCUUCAUCACGAACAUAAUGGCCGUCAUCUGCAAAGAGUCCUGCAACGAGGACGUCAUCGGAGCCCUGCUCAACGUGUUCGUUUGGAUCGGUUACCUCUCCUCAGCAGUGAACCCCCUGGUGUACACCCUGUUCAACAAGACCUACAGGUCAGCCUUUUCCCGGUAUAUUCAGUGUCAGUACAAGGAAAAUAAAAAACCAUUGCAGUUAAUUUUAGUGAACACUAUCCCAGCCUUAGCCUACAAAUCUAGUCAACUCCAAAAGGGACAGAAAAAGAAUUCAAAGAAAGAUGCCAAAAUGACAGGUAAUGACUGUACUAUGAUUCCUUUAGGAAAACAAAAUUCGGAAUAUGCUCCCACAGACAAUAUCAAUCCAGUGAAUGAAAAGGUUAGCUGUGUGUGA